AAAAUCAAAAUGACCCAUUACACGAAAUACACUUUCGAUCACAUCUUUCAAUUAUUAUUGUUUAAACACAUACCUUCUUUCCCUUUUCUUCCUUCUACGCUUACUCUCCCAUUUUCUCUCACGCCUUCUUCAUUUCUCCCCCUCCAAUGGAAGAAGACGAUUCCACUAAAGUCCUUGAUCUCAUUAAGGACCUUGUUCUUCGUCUUCUUUCCCACAAUCCCACCUCCAAUUCCAGCCCUACUUCCUCUGAUUUCCAAAAAUCUCUUCGCUAUGCAAUUCGCAUUCUCACUAGCCGUAUGACUCCCUCCAUUGCUCCUGAUGCUGCCGCCAUUGCUGAGUCCAUCAAAAGGAGACUCGCCACUGAGGGUAAGUCUUCUCAGGCCCUCACUUUCGCUGAUCUUUACACUAAGUUUGCAUCUAAAACUGGGCCUGGGAGUGUGAAUAAUAAGUGGGCUGUGCUUUACUUGCUCAAAAUUGUGGCCGAAGAUCGCAAAUGUAGACAGACCCAGUUUGAAUCUUCAAUGCUUUUGCCUAAUUUAGUAGCGAGUGAUCCUGUUUUGGGCAAGAAGUCUGGGGCGGCCCCGGAGAAGGAGUGGCAGAAGGGGGUUUUGUUGGUUGCGAAAGACCCUGAGAAUCUUCGUGACGUUGCUUUUAAGGAGUUUUCUAAUUUGCUGAAGGAGGAAAAUGAAGUGACUGAAGAGGUUUUGGUGAGGGAUGUGUUGUAUGCUUGUCAAGGAAUUGAUGGGAAGUAUGUGAAAUUUGACAAUAAUUCUGAUGGGUAUGUUCUAUCCAAUUUAGUUAAGGCUUCCAGAGCUACUAGGACGAUGGUUCGCAAGCUUUGUGAAAUGGGGUGGCUGUUUAGGAAGGUUAAAGGUUAUAUAUCAGAGAGUAUGGAACGUUUUCCAGCUGAAGAUAUUGGGACUGUUGGACAUGCCUUUUGUGCUGCAUUGCAGGAUGAGCUCUCAGAAUACUAUAAACUGUUGGCCAUUCUCGAAGCCCAGUCUAUGAAUCCAAUACCUUUGGUUUCAGAGGCAGCAAGUUCAGGAAACUAUUUGUCUUUGAGGAGAUUGGCAGUUUGGUUUGCUGAGCCAAUGGCGAAAAUGAGGCUGAUGGCUGUAUUGGUUGACAAGUGUAGAGUCUUGAAGGGCGGGACAAUGGCUGGGGCCAUCCAUUUACACGCUCAACAUGGUGACCCUUUGGUGCUUGAAUUCAUGAGGCGUUUGCUGCGACGUGUAUGCUCUCCCCUUUUUGAGAUGGUGAGGAGUUGGGUUUUAGAAGGGGAGUUGGAAGACAUUUUUUCUGAGUUUUUUGUUGUUGGCCAACAAGUGAAAGCUGAAUCUCUCUGGAGGGAAGGUUAUAGGCUUCACGCUGGCAUGCUUCCAUCUUUUAUUUCACAAUCUCUAGCCCAACGUAUUUUGAGGACUGGGAAAUCCAUUAAUUUCCUUCGUGUCUGUUGUGAGGAUAUGGGAUGGGCUGAUGCUGCAACAGAAGCAGCAGCAGCUGCUGGGACUACUACUAAAAGGGGAGGUCUUGGAUAUGGUGAAACAGAUGCCCUUGAAUCUUUGGUAGACGAAGCUGCAAAAAGAAUAGACAAACAUUUGUUGGAUGUAAUGCACAAGCGAUAUAAGUUCAAAGACCAUUGUCUAGCAAUUAAGCGCUAUUUACUAUUAGGACAAGGAGAUUUUGUCCAAUAUUUGAUGGAUAUUGUUGGACCUGAGCUUUCUGAGCCUGCUAAUGCUAUUAGCUCAUUUAAGUUAUCUGGUCUCCUGGAAACAGCAAUUCGGUCCUCUAAUGCUCAGUAUGAUGAUCCAGACAUCUUGGAUAGAUUGAAGGUUAAGAUGAUGCCUCAUGGAACUGGAGAUAGGGGUUGGGAUGUGUUCUCAUUAGAAUAUGAGGCAAGAGUUCCGCUAGAUACUGUAUUCACAGAGUCUGUCAUGUCAAAAUAUUUAAGGAUUUUUAAUUUCCUGUGGAAGCUUAGACGUGUUGAGCAUGCACUUAUAGGUACUUGGAAGACCAUGAAACCUAACUGCAUCACGUCCUGUUCAUUAACUAAGCUGCACCAUGGGGUUAAGUUGCAAUUACUGUCAACAUUGAGGCGAUGCCAGGUCCUUUGGGUUGAGAUGAAUCAUUUUGUUACAAACUUGCAGUACUACAUAAUGUUUGAAGUUUUGGAGGUAUCAUGGUCUGACUUUUCAAAUGAAAUGGAAGCAGCAAUGGAUCUGGAUGAUUUACUUGCCGCUCAUGAAAAGUAUCUUCAUUCGAUCUUUGAGAAAUCUCUUCUUGGAGAACAAUCUCAGACACUUUGCAAGUCACUUUUUGUCUUAUUUGAUAUAAUUUUGCGAUUUCGAAGUCAUGCGGACAGGUUGUACGAGGGAAUACAUGAAUUACAAUGCAGAACAAUAGAAUCAUCUUUACCCUCUAGAGACAAGAGUAAAAAAUCUCGUACGACAGAAAGAUCUUUAGAAACAGCAUCAUGGAUAGCAGAUGGCAAGAAGGCUUUAACACAACGCGCUGGUGAAUUUCUUCGGAAUGUUGAACAAGAUCUAGCUGCAUUAGCUAAAGAGUAUUCUUCAUUGCUCGAGGAAUUCAUUUCUCAGCUGCCUUUGCAACAACACGUUGAUUUGAAGUUUCUCCUAUUUCGCCUUGACUUCACUGAAUUUUACAGCCAAUUACGACCUCAUGUGUAGAGUGGAUGUUAGAUGUAUAUUUCUCAUGGCCUGCAUUGGUCACACAAUUGGUAGAGCUCCUAACAAAUUUUUCAUGGCAGCCACAGGGAUCAACCAUUGAAAAGUUCAUUGCCUGGCAUGUAAUUUUAGGUAUGUGGUUGCUCAUUUGUUUAUAGUUUGCUGCAGAGGUUGUUAUUACAUAUAUAUGCCAAUCUGUGCUCGUAUAUGAUACUUUCCAGGGUUUUAACCAUUUUUAUCAUUUAUGAAUAGAAAUGGUGUUUGGUAUUAUGUUUAGCCAGUAGUCUACAGUUCACUUUAAUGUUGUAUUUGUUGUCUCAUUUUGGAUUAUUUGUUAGUGUUUUUGUGGCUUUCAAGUCCGUAUCCAAGUUCGUAGUUUUCUUUUCUUAAGCUGUGUUAUGGGGGGCUCUUAGGCUUGGAUCUGAGUGCGUUUUUGCACAUUUCAGCAUCCGUCAGUCAUGUAGUUAAUUUUUCUUAAUGGUAUCUUUGAUGCUUUAUAUAGU